UUUUCUGAUUUCUCUUCUUCAUCUCUUUCUUUUUUCUUCUUCAUCUCCUUCGUAACUGGGUUGUCUUACUUUGUUCCUUCCUCUUCUUUCUCAUUUCCUCUCUUUUUUCUCUACUCCUUUUAUUCUCUUUCCUCUCUUCUUUCUCUCCACCUCUCUUUCCUCUCUUCUUUCUCUACACUUCUUAUUAUUCUUCACCUUUUCUUUCCCUUUGGAUUUUCUAUCUUUCACCGUCUUUUUUAUUCCACUCUUCUUUUUUUUUUUCUUCCAUAACAUGUUGUAAAUUUUUUUAAAGUCUUAUAAUGUUUUUGAUAUUGGAUGAUGUUAAGUUCUUCAUAUUCUGCUUUGCUGGAGAAGAAGUUCGCUCAUAAGCCCUUCCUCCGUCGAUGUCGUCGAGUACCACCGACCCAAAAGUCAUCUUCAAGCUGGCUCUCUGCGUGGUCUGUCUCCUGGCAAUAUGCCACUCGAUUACUCUAUUUACGCUAUCCCGGACUCAAAUCCAACGCUCUAUUAGUAUUGCUUCCGCCGGAGAAUCAAACAGGCCGGCAAUGCUGUCGGAUCUACAACUAUUGCUCCCGCAAAAUCCACAGGAUUUUUCUACCACAACUCCAAGGAGGAUGGUAUACUGCAUCCUCUCAUGGCUGGCUUCUCACCGUUGCCAAUCAAGCCAUUCAUCUUUUAAAUCCCAUCACCAGCGCCACCGUUAAGCUUCCUCCUGAGAAACGAUUUAGGAGGCCGAAAAUCUGCCGGAUGAGUUCCAAGAAGCCGGAGAUUACGAGGGUGAUCACCUCCACCAUUCUGAGGGAUCCUCUCUGCAAAGCCCUGGCCAUCCAUCCCGGUAAAUACGGACACAGGUUUUCCUUUUGCAGAACAGGGGAUCAUGCAUGGAUCAGAAUAAACAACUUCGUGGGAUGGUGUUCCGAUGCAAUAUUCUACAAGGGUGACUUCUACGCCAUUGAUUUUUACGGUUACAUCUGGGCUAUUCAACCUACUGUCAACAACUUUCAGAAAGCAGUGAAACUGAGUGUAGAACCAGUCAAAGAGGGAUGUCACUGCUAUUACUUGGUGGAGGUGAAGGGUGAUCUGUUGAUGGGGGUGAAGAAACAAUGUUUACUUAGUGCUUGUUAUAUUUACCAAAUGGACUGGGAGAAGAAAUCAUGGGUUCGGAUGAAAGCUAACGGAAGGAUGGUGCCGAUGUUAAUAAAGGGGGGUGAUUUGCCACUGCAGGUGAGUUGAGGGGGUGAUUUGCGUGUGAAGUGUGUUGAGGGGGUGAUUUGCCACCAAUUGUUGAGUUGAGGGGGUGAUCUGCACCUUUUGCCUUAUUAAUAUGUCCUUAUAAUCACUGUUCACUGGCCACAGGUCUAUUCCG